GUCUCCUGUGCGUCUGCGCGGGAAGUGGAAACCAGCGAGGAGGCGAAGCGGUGUGAGGUCCGUUGGACCGGCAGCGUCGGCUGCUUUGGGUCUGUCCUCGCGGCUAAGCCCGCAGCCCGACCCCUCCGCCGCCAUGCCCAUGAAGGGCCGCUUCCCGAUCCGCCGCACCCUCCAGUACCUGGGCCAGGGAGACAUAGUGUUCAAGGACUCAGUGAAGGUCAUGACGGUGAACUACAACACGCACGGGGAGCUGGGCGAGGGCGCCAGGAAGUUUGUGUUUUUCAACAUACCUCAGAUCCAGUACAAAAAUCCUUGGGUACAGAUUAUGAUGUUUAAGAACAUGACGCCGUCCCCCUUCCUGCGGUUCUAUUUGGAUUCCGGGGAGCAGGUCCUCGUGGAUGUGGAGACCAAGAGCAAUAAGGAGAUCAUGGAGCACAUCAAGAAAAUCCUAGGGAAGAACAAGGAAACCCUGGAGAAGGCGGAGCAGGAGAAAAAGCAGCUUUCUCACCCAGCCCACUUUGGGCCCCGAAAGUACUGCCUGCGGGAGUGUAUCUGCGAGGUGGAAGGGCAGGUUCCCUGCCCGGGCCUGGUGCCCUUACCCAAGGAGCUGACGGGGAAGUACAAAGCAAUGCUGAAGGCCAGCACCCAGGACUGAGGCCCCAGGCCACACCCAGGGAGGCCUCUGGUUCUGUCCCUGACGGGACUCUGAAAGAUCUCUUUGCCAUGAGAGGGUCCCCUUCGCACACCUGUGUGAAAGGACGUGGCAGGGUCGGGGGAGUAUCUCCGCUCUAUCAGGUCAAUAAAAUGCGUCCUCUCCCCGG